AUGCAGCUAUGGAUGUGGAUCAAUUCGUGCUCCUUCUCGUUCUCCUCGCCCUCCUCCCCCUCGGGCUUCCCUAUCCCGUCCGCCUCCCCUCCGCGCCUUGCGCCGCGCGGAUCGCCGCGCGGAGCCUCGAGGGGCGCGGGGCCCGGGGCGCACCGCGUGCUGCGCACGUCGCUCAGCGUGAGAUGCCGUGCCGACGUGCUCCGUCCACGUCAUCCAGGCGCACACGUGGCGUGCGGAGAAGCGCCCGUUACUAGAACCGAGAGCCGCGCUUUCAGUGGAAACGAGGGAGAGACGGAAGGAGGGAGAGCAUUCGGAGAGGAAGCGUGGCAGACAGAUGGGUGCAGAGCGGUGCCAGAGCAGCGAACCCAGUCCAGUAGCUGCACUGCUGCUGAUGAACAAGUGGGAAGCAGUGGGGCGGCGGGGAGGACACGUGUCACGAUACGAUUGGAGCAGCCUGUGCCACGUGGUCUAUACGCAGAUCCGUUUGAGCUGGAGCGAAUCUUGCGACCAGCCGGCGACCGAGCCUGGGUGGCAGGUCCAUUGGAGCUGGAGCAGCCGGCGCCGCGGUGUGAAGCAACAGUGGCGUUCAUGGAAAGGGACGUGCCAGUGGGAACUGGGGAGGGGGAUGCGCGCAUGGGGGAGGGGAGGGAAGGGGGAGUGAAUGCGGGGGAAGAUGAGGUUGCUUUUUCAGUAGAUUUCAGCCUGCCUCUGCACUCCCGAUACCCUCAGUUGCAGAGGGAGAAUCAGACAGAGCGCGGCUGGGAGCAGCAGGGCUGGGAGGAGACUCGGAGGAAGCGAAAGCAGCAGCAGCAGAGAAAAUGCACGACGAGGAGAGAGGGGAGAAGGGGGGGGGAAGGGGCGUUGCAAUGGGAGGUGCCGGCGGGUUGUGCUGCCCAUACGCCCCUGGUGCUCUGGGGUACGUCCCUAGCUUCUGCUGUGGGGGCUCUGGUGCUUGUUGCCGUGGCUGCUGCUGCCCCCGUGCACACAGCAGGUGCCAAGGCCAGCAGUUGA